AUGUUUAGUCGCUUGGGCCAGGUAUCUCGGCAUCUUUCACGGUCGCUGGCCCAGAUUGCUUCUCCUGCUUCGGCGUCCGGUUCGCGGUUCCAACCCAUCCUCACGUCAUCAAUCAUGGCGGGCGCAACGCCUGUGCAGGGGAACAACGGGAAGAUACAUACGGCUGCUUGUCUAAUUAUCGGAGAUGAGGUUUUGGGAGGCAAGACAAUAGAUACGAAUUCGGCCUACUUCGCCAAGUUCUGUUUCAACCUCGGAAUAAACCUCCGGCGUAUCGAAGUCAUUGCUGACGAUGAAGACGAAAUCGUCGAAGCUGCCCGCCGCAUGUCCAACAACUACGACUUCGUGGUGACAUCCGGAGGCAUCGGUCCUACACACGACGAUAUCACGUACCAGUCGAUAGCCAAGGCGUUUGGGCUACCGAUCAAACUGCACGAGGAGACAUGGGCACGCAUGAGGAGGCUGUCGAAGCCGCACAAGUCGCAACUGGACUUUGACUGGGAUACACCGUCUCCGGCACUCACGGCGAAGAGACGCAUGGCUGAGCUGCCGCUGGAUGACUCGAAGCCAUAUAGCGAGCAGGCUGUCUUCGUAGACGAGAAGCUCUGGGUGCCGAUAAGUAUUGUGAACGGCAACGUUCACAUACUACCGGGAGUGCCGAGUUUAUUCGAGGCUCUGCUAGAAGGACUGAAGCCUCGCCUUGUCCCCCGGCUGGCGGACCCCAAUGGCAAGGGCUCAUAUCGUAUACUGGUGUCGACGCCCAUGGCUGAGAGUGCCAUUGCGGGAUAUCUCACGGAGCUAGCAAAACGAGCCGAGACCAAGGGGGUCAAGAUUGGAAGCUAUCCUAGAUGGGGGAAGCCUCGCAACACCGUGACUCUGGUUGGGAGGGACGUCGAGUACAUGGAGUCGUUGGUUCCGGAGGUGGAGAAGGCCGUGCAGGGGAGAAGGGUGCAGGUCGAAGGUGAGGACGACGCAUUGGAAGAGGAGGAAGCGAAUCGAGAGUCUGGCACGCUGAAGUCGGGUUAA